AUGCACCAGGACUCUAGCACCGAGGAACGGAUGUUCCAGUUUGACGAAGAGAUGGGCGAUGGACUGGACGCUCAGCUCGACCUGUUGUUUCAACAGACUGCGCGCGUAGAGAAGAUUAUAGAGUUCAAUGAGCGGGACUUGGCACAGCAGGAACUUGACUGUACUAUACCGGCACUGGACACCAAGGUCAAAUGGUAUAGGAAGUAUGUGAGGAUAAUGUUAGACAAGUGGUUGCUGAUCAAGGUCCGGUGCUACUCUCAAGGGCAAAAGCAAGAGCAAAAGCAAAAGCAAGAACAAGAGCAAGAACAAGAGCAAGAGCAAGGGCAACACAAAUCUACACAGUGCACCGUAACCAAAACGCUGUCAUCAUUAGUACUGGAUGUCCAGGGUCCAAUGAGUAACCGGCACGAGUUCGAAGCUGGUAGCUAUAGCUAUGAACACGCCCAUCCCAGUUCCACGGACGCCGAUGCGGAGAGCAUAGUCACAGACGAGAGCGAGCUGCAACACACGAGGGCCACCACCAGCAACUACCGUGCACUAGGACAGUGUCAGGGACAGAGUCAGGGACAGAGUCAGGGGCCGCCCAACAUACUUCACGACAGGGAUAAAGAAGCACCACGUGGCAGAACAAGACACAGGUCACGGUAUACCCCUGUACGACACGCAUCAUGUGGCAAUCGGUGA